AUGUCGUUUGACUGGCUGAAUGUGCCAGGGAUAAGUGUUAGUGGUGAUAACUCAGAGGUCAGGACCAAUAAUUCUGCAGCACCUCCCUCGGUCUCGUUUAAUUUUGGUCAGACCAUCCCUACUGCAAAGAGCAAGAACAAUCCAUUCGCUACUUCAGCUCAGAAUCACACGCCGUUUAGUAACAAUGCAGGGCAUGACUCCAACGCAUUUGGGCUAUCACAACAAAUGAUUCCUCCGGCAAAACAGAACAAUAGUGAUCCGCAACACCAGGUGGUUGAUGGUUCAGGGAGCGACUAUAGGGAGACCCCUGAUGAUUUGAAGGUUCCAUUGUCACUUUCACAGACUCAGCUAACCCACGAGGAGAUUAGAACUUAUCUCAGGUGGUACAAGUAUAUCACUAUGAAAACUCACGGCAAAAUGGUCAGGUUAAUUGAUAUCUUCAAAUUUUUGCAUAACUUUACUAUCACUGAGGAACUGAAAUUAAGGAUAAUGACGAUAUUCAGGACUUGCAAAAAUGCAUUGAACAUUGGACAGUUUUUCGCCGUUUUGAGAUUGAUUUCGGUCGCUUUGACACAAGGAAUCAAACCGACAAGAAGAAUGAUUCUACAAAAAGCUACGGUACCGAAGCCAAGGCCUAUAUUGAGUAGCAGCAGCAACGCUGAGGUAUAUGAAGAAGUGGAAGAUACGGUGCCUGAUAAUGGAGCUACAGAUAAGGGAAAUGGAGACCCAGCGAAAGUCGACUUUGACUCUUUUGCCUCUCUGCUAUUAACGGGGAAAUCACAAGGUAAAAGAAUAAGAAGAAGGAUAAGCAACGUCGUAUUUAAAAAUAAAAGAGUCAGAUUCUCUGAGAACGUCACUUUCCAGGAAGCGGAAUGUGCAGGUGAACCCUCAAAUGCUAAUAACGAAGUUGAAUCUCCUGAAGAUGACACUUCUGUUGUGGAAGGUGACCUAGACCUCUCACUCCCUAUGGACCAGCUACUCAAACUAAUGGCUAAGAAGAAGCAAAGCAACAGCUCGCUCGUUUCCAAACUUCCUACUGAGCAACAAGAAACAGAAGAGGAGAGAGAAGUUUUGAAGGAUAUGCAAGAUUCAUUGUCUCAUUUCAAGCAGAUUAGGGGGCCGGACUCUGCAUCUAUGUUCCCCCCGCUCUACUUGAAUAAUAUAAGUCAAGGGCAACCAAACAGUUCCCAGCAGCCUUUGGAAUCCUUGCAGCCACUGAAGCCCACCAGUACAGGGUCAACCAACCAUUUCAUGCGUGAAGAAUUCAACCAACAAUUAAAUCAAGAAGGUCUUCCUCAAGCUGAUGGUGUUUUGCAGCCGUUGAAACCUACUGCAACUGGUUCUGCAAAUUAUCUGGUUCGUAGCCAUAUUGGAACAAGCCCUGUAAAUAGCCAGCAGAGUAUCCCCAGCGAUGUUAAUAGAAAUCAAACGGCAGGCUCCUCCAAUGGACCAUCUUUAGAACCACUGAAGCCUACUGCUACAGGGUCGGCCAACUAUUUGAUGAAACAGCAACAUGUUGAUUUACCAACCAGUAAUCAGGUAUUGAGUCCAAAUGCCACAGGCUAUGGAAAUCAACAAGCUCCAGUAGCUGAUCAAUUCAUGAAUUUUCCUCGACAACAACAACAACAGCAGCAGCAGCAGCCCAUUUUAUCUCCGCAGCCUACAGUACAACAGCCCGUGUUGUCACCUCAACCUACAAUGCAGCAGCAACAGAAUCAAGUGCAUUUACCAGUGUUACAACCUACAGGCCGUCCGAUACCGCAGUCUAAUAUUUACAAUACCAAUGAUCUAGGGGUUAAGUCGCUCUCACCUCAGUUACCCCUGUCGCAGCAAAACACGUUGGGCCAAGCGCAUUUGAACCCACCAUUAGUUCAACAAAACACGUUUCCGAUCCGCUCUCCACCCACUCAGUAUGCGGGAUUUCAACCUCAACCGUUGCACGGCAAUCAUUUAGUUGUUCCUCGGAGAGAGAGCACCAAUCCAUCGAAUAAUUCAUCGAAUCUGGCCCAGACGGGGAAUGUGGCAAACACGUAUUUUCAAUCAUUACUGUCUCAUUCUCCCUCUCCUCAUCAAAGUACGACGAACCUUCCAGGCAGUAAUAUCAACCAAAAUGGAUCCCCAUCAUAUCAAAUGUCAAAUCAGCAGCAGCAGCCACAACAACAACAGCAGCAGCAGCUGUACUCGCACAAUAAUGGGAAUAUGGUUCCCAAUGCAUACAAUCACAGUAACCUAAUCCCACAGCAGCAGCAGCAGCAAAGACCGCAAGAACAAAUGUAUGGAUACUCGCCAAUGCAAAAUACAGGUGAUUUUGCGCAUAGCCCCAUGAACCCCCAGCAUAUGCAGCAGCAGCAGCAGCAGCAACAUCCGCAGGGUAUUAAUGUGAAUCAGUACAAUACCUUUGGUCGUCCACUGGCCUCUCAGAAGCCAUUGCCAACACAACAGGGCAGCAACAGCAACAACAACAACAACACUACGAAUAACGAUAUUUUAGGAAAUUACCAAGCUCUUCAGCAGCAGGUAAAUUCUUUGCAAAACACUUAUAGAUAA